AUGGCCGCAAACCCAGGAUUUCAGGUACAUUGGUUCAGCGAUGCGGAUUGCCACUCCUACAUCACGCGACAUUUCGAUGCAGAGCUUGCUGGAAUGUUUCGCCGCGAAUAUCGCGGUGCCUUCAGAGGGGACCUGUGCCGAACAGCAGUGCUAUACCGUGAGGGUGGAUUUUACGUAGACUUAGACAUCGAACUGAUGGUCCCAUUGAAUUCACUUGUGGGUUUGUCGACAACCUUCAUGUCGGCGUACACAGCCGACGGAGCCAUGCUCAAUGCCAUGAUGGCAAGCGAGCCUUUCAGCUCAAUUCUGUAUGCCGCCCUUGUGGAGUUGCGAAAAUGGUAUCGGGGGCAAGUUCCGCGAGUCUAUGACGCAACCAUGGAUGGCAUCCAGUGCCGCAGUGAGUGGAUGGGUCCAUUGACGCUUUUUAGGGGAAUUCGGCAGUUCAUGCAGGUGGCCUGCCCUAGUGUAGUCCUGACUCCUGGUUCCCAGUUGGACGUUGUUUGCGGCACUCAAGUCUUGCGCUUCUAUCAGGAGCGUGAGCUCCAGUGCACAGUCGGAAAGGACUCGCGGGAAUGCUCUGAUGAGCGUGCACGGUCUCCAUUUGCUGGUUCCAAGUAUGGCUUGUUUGCACCAGGCCCAGAGAUGUACCGAGAACGGCUCCUAAUUGGUUGGCCACGCUUCGAAAGCUGUAGGAGUCGGGGUUGUUCAGACUCCUUUAAGUGGGAGGUGCCAGAGGAGCGCCUGCAGUUGGAUUGGCUGCGUCGAGCACGAAUGAUGCCGUGUAUGUGCACAGAGCAGUUCCAGACCGCUCAGAAGCUCAUUACAGCUUUGCUCUUCUCCUUGAAGGAGCAGCUGAGUGCCCUAGGUCCAGCUUGUGAUAGGUUUCGGCCAUUCAUCGAGGCUGGUGACUUGGAAUGUGCGACUGCUGUGGUCUCCAGCAGCCUGCUUUGUGCCAGUGCUGCCUCUGGUGUAGAUCCCGUCCUUGCACGGACCUUCCUGGCCAGGGCCCUUCAGGCCUCUCUUGGUGGUUCCACGCUGCUCUGCUACGAGCAGAUGUGGAUGAUCCGGAUGGAUGAAAUUUUGGACAACUUCUACCGCUUGCACCUGCCCGAGUUUGCUGAGGCCACACUGAACUGGACAGUCUACAACAGCUCUUCGGAGGCGUUCAGUAGAACGGCCGAAGAAGUCGCGAGCAACAUCGUCCGGAUCCGCUCGGCGCUGGCAUUGUUCCGCAGCUCGGCGAAGCCAAAUUCUUUGAAGACUGUUCGGGAAGAGGCAAGUGACCGGUUCAACUUCCGGGCGAUGCUGUCUAUGCAGGGCAGUGGCUUGGAGAGCCUCGGCAGCAUCUUCAAAAGUCGAAAGCCUGAUGGUGGCCGCUACGAUGGCCAGUUCCGCCAUGACAAAGCUCAUGGUGUGGGCAGGUUUCGCCAUGCCAACGGCGACGUUUACAGCGGACAUUGGUUCGAGGACAAGGCCCAUGGGCAAGGCAAGUUUAUCCAUGCAGAUGGUUCCUCCUAUGAAGGCGACUGGGAGAUGGAUACCAAGUCCGGCAGAGGACUUGAAACCUGGGCAGAUGGGUCGCACUUCAAAGGUGAAUACAAGAACGGGAUGAAGCAUGGUAAUGGCUUCUUCUUGUCCACUGACAGCUCCAGUUACUCCGGCCAAUUUGUCGAGGAUGCCAUGGAAGGUCAGGGCAUCUACAGAUUUGCCGAUGGCAGGGUAUACACUGGUGCGUGGAAGGGCAGUCAGAUGCAUGGUGAUGGCACCAUGACGUGGCCUGACGGCCGCUCUUACACUGGUGGUUUCGCGGAGGACCGCAAGUCUGGAGAGGGCAGCUUCACAUGGCCGGAUGGAAGGUCCUAUCGCGGCCAAUGGGAGAUGGGCCGGCAGCAUGGCGUGGGUGUUUUCCUCGACGCCAAGGGCAGGCAACGGAAGGGCCUCUGGAGUGAGGGGUUUCCUUGUGAGGCUUCCAAGCAUGAGCAAUCCUUUCCUGCCAGCGGGUCAAACCGACAUCGUCCCAUCCUAGAGACUGCGCCAAUAGGGCGCAGCUUCGCCAUGAAGCAGAAGGCCACGGUAACAUGCUCCCGGCGGAAAAACCGCAAGGCGCACUUCACGGCGCCAUCACACAUUCGGCGCAAGUUGAUGAGUGCGCCGCUGAGCAAGGACUUGCGAGCCAAGUAUGCUGUGCGAGCAGUGCCCAUUCGCCGAGACGAUGAGGUGAUGAUUGUGCGAGGUCACUACCAUGACAGGGAGGGCAAGGUAACGCAAGUGUACCGCAAAAAGUUCCGCAUCCAUGUGGAGCGCGUUACCAGGGACAAGGCCAAUGGGCAGAGCGUGCCCAUUCCCAUCCACCCGUCCAAGGUGAUGAUCACCAAGCUGAAGUUGGACAAAGACAGAAAGGCACUGCUCGACCGCAAGAAUCGUUCAGUCAAGAAGG